UGUUAAAGUUACGGCUGGUUCAAAUUCAGGGAAAACACUGCUGAGGCUCAUUUUAUAACAUGAGGCAACAGGCUAUACCUUAAAGUAAAUGUUAUUUUCUGAGAAAUGCUUACAAACUUUAGAAGACUUAAAAGAGGGCUGAGAUAAAUUAACUAGGCUAUGUGUGCGAGUCGGUAUUGACGCAGUGAACUCCACGUUUGUGCUUCAUUGUCUCUGUUCAUCCCUAUAGUGAGAAAGAGUCCCGUCCCUUCAAUUCAGAGGGCGUGGUGUAUGUGUGUGUGAGUGAGUGGGAAAACAAACAGCAUACAACCAACAGUACUUCCUACAUCUGCUUACAACUCGAGCGUUUCUUCCCCUCACCUCGCGUCAAGCGUCUCUCCUGCGCGUAGUGUUUACAGUGAGUCCUGCUGAGCUCAGAGGACGCGUCCCAUCAUCACUAAAUGACGCGCCGCAGCGCUGCAGUUUUACAUCCACACCACAGCUCCACACGCGUUCAACAUAGAUGGACCCGCAUCAUCUGAGGACUUCAGAGUGAUAUUACUGUCGUGAUUGUGUUUUUCGGUUUGUAAAAUGAGCGGAGGGGAAAUCAUCUGUCAGGGAUGGUUGAGAAAGUCGCCACCCGAGAAGAAGCUCCGGAGAUAUGCUUGGAAGAAGCGCUGGUUUAUCCUGCGUAGCGGGCGCAUGAGCGGAGACCCGGAUGUACUUGAGUACUACAAGAAUGACCAUGCCAAAAAGCCCAUUCGCAUCAUCGACCUGCACUGCUGCGAGCAGGUGGACGCCGGCCUCACCUUCAAACGCAAAGAGUUCCAGGACAGUUUUGUGUUCGACAUCAAGACGGCCGAGAGAACCUUCUACAUGGUGGCAGAAACGGAGGAGGAGAUGAACCGCUGGGUGCGCUCCAUCUGCCAGCUCUGUGGAUUCAACCAGUCAGAGGACAACCAUCACGAUGAGAGAUCGUCAACCACCCACAUUUCCCGCUCAUUGGCUAAUGAUCUGGGUGGCUCUCUGGCUCCGCUGAUUGGUGAACGUAAAACGUCUGUUCCCGCCCACUCCAGCCAGCCAAUGCUUUUCACAUUCGACAUACCUGUACGCCACUCCCAUAGUUCUCUGUCUAAUAGUGCUCCUCAGGACUACCUCUUCCUCCAUCAGUGCAUGAGCCGCAAGAGUGAGAGUGCACGGAGUGCCAGUUUCUCGCAGGCCUCGCGCAGCAGUCUUCUGGUGGGCAGUGACUCAGCAGUUCAGAGACUCACUCAUGGUUUUUCUCACUGUCUGAAUGGCAUGGGUGCCCAGCUUCACGGUUUCUACAGCCUUCCCAAACCCGGCAAAAAUCAGCAGCCCCCUUCACGGAACGACCCACGUGACGCUUGCUAUGUUCUGCCCAGGGGUUACAGCUCUGAAGGAGCAUCAGAGCUUGAAUCAGAUGAUGUCUACACCUUUAAGACCCCUAAUAACACUCUAGCAGCCCCCCAAACCAAUGAGCAGCGGGCCCUCGAUAACUAUGAUUUACCCAGCAUUCCUGGCUCUAUCUACCAGAUCCCCCGCACGUUUGAUAAGAACCACAAUGCCCUGAUGCCAUCCAGUGCUGACUCCACAAAUGCGCCUCCUCCCAGACCUCCCAAACCCAGCCAGGGCUCAGAGACACGGCGGGGCAGUCCACUGACCGUGGGGGCUCAAAAUGGAGAGGUCUCCACAGUGUCCGUCAUCCCCAGGAGGAACACACUGCCGGCGGUGGAGAACAUCAAGCUUCACAGAGGAUCCUCUUUUGAGACCAGCAGUCACCAAAAGCCAGUCUAUUUCAACAAUUCUGGUCAGUCAGUGGAGUCUGUAAAUGAUGGCUUCAGCUCCUACCUGAGAACUAAAGCCCCAUUGACCCGCUCCGAUAGUGCCGGCUCUGAGGAUAACUAUGUACCCAUGAAUCCCGGCUCGUCCUCCUCCCCUCUCAGUGCUGCCCUGGCUGACAGUCCUAAAAAUAAUUAUAUUCCCAUGAGCCCAGGUCCUCACCAUUUUGAUUUCCCAGGAUUUUCAGCGACGUUGCCGGCCAGGAAGGGCAGUACAGCAUCACUAUGUCUCCGACCCGGCCGACUCAGUGACGUCACACCGCCACCAAUUAACCGCAACCUUAAACCCAACCGGACAGCAAAACCAACACCUCUUGACUUAAGGAACAAUGGCAUCAUUGAUGAACUUCCCUUCAAGAGCCCCAUCACCAUGUCUUGGAUCAGACCCACGCCUGUGAACUCUAUGUCGUCGCAGCCCUGUCGGCCCAUUUCGACCCAGAGCAUCACCAGCACUGAUUCUGCAGACAGUGAGGAGAAUUAUGUGGCAAUGCAAAACCCAGUGUCUACCUCCCCAGCGAUGAGUGGCACCAGCAGUCCUGCGCCCAGGAAUUGUGGUAAUGUGGACUAUUUGGCCCUGGACUUUCAGCCUGGCUCCCCUGGCCCACACAGAAAGCCGUCCACCUCUUCAGUGACCUCAGAUGAAAAAGUGGACUACGUCCAAGUGGACAAAGAGAAGACUCAGGCCCUUCAGAACACCAUGCAGGAGUGGACAGAUGUGCGACAGUCAAGCGAGUCGACUAAAGGCAUCAAGUCCUGAUGAUUUUCAAAUGUGCACACUGAAUGUGUCACUCGAAAUGCUCUUAUACUGUUACACCCUGAUACAAACUGAUUCACCGGUGACAAAAUAGCGAAUGAUACACCAACUAAAGCCAUAGAUCCAGUUCGUUUGGUCUUUUGAGGACAAAAGACUCCACUGAACCACCUAGACUGUCUUGCCAUGCAUGUUAGACAUGUUUCACUUUUCAAAGUGCAGUGCAACCAAACUUAGCUACUUACUCUCUCUCUCUGAGUGUGAGCGAAGAACGAUAAGCAGUGAAUAUUUAAAUCUAGUUGUAGAUUAUGCAAUUUUUUACAAUGUUAAAAUACUUUCAACACAUCUUAAAAUUCAGAGACAGCUAGAAAUCUAUUUGUCGUUUGAUUCCCCCAGGAAAGUGUAAACACUGUGACUCUAUCAAAAUAAUGCUCUGUUUGUUUGAGCAUCCUGACCAGCCUGACAUAGUAACACUGGCUCGACCAAUGCCAUUAGUUUGGGGUGGGGCUGUCUGACCAAUGGCAUACAGGGGGAGUGUUCAGGAAACCUGUUUGAAACUCAACAUUUUUAUUGUUUAGUGUUAUACAGUGUUGCAGUGUCUACAGUGUUAUAAGGGGCAGAAAUUCAAACAGAAGAUUAUCUGAAGUCAUGGUGCUCUGGCUGCCAGUUUGAAUUGCAGUUUGCCUGUUAAUUCAGCGGAAGAAAGAAGGUCACUUUUUUUUCCAAUUUUUUGAAUCAAGAAAUGUAGAAAAGGUUUGAAAGAGAGAUCCUUGAAGCUUUUACAUUUAAAAAAUCAGUUCAUAUGAAUAUCAGCUUAUAUGUGAAUGCAAACCCAGCCCUUUUUAAAGUAAACCAAACUCAGAUCGUCUCAGGAGAUGGUCUGUGUAAUGAUGUGUUGUAAAUGCAAAGUUCACACGCAACCGCAAAGAUGAUCUUUUAAAAAAGGUUCACACAAAAAUUCAACUUGUCAUUUCACUCCAAUUAUGUUUCCUUUACUUGUAUGUAACACAAAAGGAGAUAUUUAGCAAAAUGACCAAGUGGCUCUUUUUCAUACAUUGGAAGUAGAUGUUUUUUUUUUUAAAGGAGGUUGGAUAUUCUGCUGUAUAAGACCUUUGUUGUUCUACAUAGGGGUGUCGCAAUAUACUAGUAUUAAUAAAAAUGAAAUAUGCAUGUUACUACUCCACAUACAUUGCACCUUUAGGGGCCGUUCAAACAGAAUGUGUCUUCACAUCUAAUAAACGAGAUUUAGUGUUCAGGAAUGGUUUUAAAAACAGCACAGCGCAGAAUGCGAGGGUUUUGAGACAUUAUGCAAUAACAGUUGCCAUGCCAACUGACCAUUCGCAAAGAGCUUAAUCUAGCCUUAAAGCGUUAGUUCACCCAAAAAUGAAAAUUUGCUUGUUUUACUCGCCCUCGAAGCAUCCUAGGUGUAUAUGGCUUUCUUCUUUCAGACGAAUCCAGUCGAAGUUAUAUUAAAAAUUGUACUGGCUAUUCCAAGCUCUGUCAUUGCAGUCAGCGGGUGUUGCAGUUGAACAGUCCUCAAGUCAUCAAACAAAGCAUGUGCAUCCAUAAAAAACGUGCCUCACACGGCUCUGGGGGGUGAAUAAAGGCCUCCUGUAGUGAAUCCAUGUGUUUUUGUAAGAAAAAUAUCCAUAUAAUAAACACUUUUCAGUCACAUUUUCAUUUUUGGGUGAACUAACCCUUUAACUACAAAUCAGACAGCAGAGUAGAUUAACUUCGGUGGACUUCAGAUGGAAAAAAAAAGAAAAUUCUGAUGUUUAUUCAUGCUCAUUUCAAAACAAUGGAAUGAAUAAACAUGUUCUGUGUGAACGCCCCCAAACAUUGGUUGUCACCCAUGAGGGAGUGUUUUUUUGUUAGACAGCCCAGUCUGGAGGAAGUGGCGAUCAACAGUCAAUUUUUUAUUUAUUUUUGUACGCUCUCUCUCUACCUCCCUACAAUAUUUUGAGUGAUUCAUUGCCCCAAAAAGAGAAAACACAUUAUAAUAUCACCAUAAUUAAAGUUAAAGUAAAAAUCUGAUAUUCUGACAGCCUUAGGGCCCUUUCACACCAAGGACGAUAACAAUAACGAUAACAGUAAAUGAGAAAAAUGAGAAACGAUGCGAAUCAAAGUCCACACCACAACUGUAAUGAUAACAGCACUGAAAAACAAUAUUGUUGGAAUAACUUUCAAAACGUUUUAUCCAGCUAAUGAACUGUAAAAACAUUGAUAGCAAGUCAAAAUCCACCCAACUUUAAAGAGCGUGAGUAUUUAAAUUGGCAGAUGGCAUUAUUGGAGCAUGCAUUAAUAAAAAAUAGAACGUUAUUGUGCGUUAGUCAUAAUAGUUUUCUUUAUUGCUAUCAUUCUUGGUGUGAAUGGGCCUUUAGUUCCACAUAAGAAAAAGUCCUACAGGUUAAAGUUGACAACAUAAGGAUGAGUAAAUGACAAUGUUUUUUAUUUUUAUUUUUGGGUGAACUAUUCCUUAAAGGUUCCAGAAUGGUACCGGAUCCCUGCAUACCCCCCAAAGUAAGGACUUUUUAAUAAGGCAAUGUGUACUAACUAACAGACCUUCUCCUUUUAGCUUGACAGAGAUGCACUUCAGAGCAUUCAGUGGGCAGUCCUUUACUUCGCAUGCAGUCUGAAUAGGGAUACUGUGACUCCUUUUCCCUAAACACAUUGCUUCCCUGGCUGGCAUUACAGAAUAGCAACAAAAAUAACAAUAAAUUAUCUAUUCAUAUACUAAUAAAAACAUACUGUUUGUUAAUGCCAUUAUUGUGGUUUUGUCAGAGGGAAUGUAUAGAUGGUUAAAAUCGCUCACAUUUAUCAGCAUUUUAAAUGUUAUACUUUGCUCUCAGAGCAGUUUGAAUUACUUUACAGAGUUAUUACAGCAAAAGGCGCCCCAAAAUAUAAACUGUUCCUAGUCUCAGCAGCUGUAGCUGUGAAUCAGCCAUGCUUUAUGCCUGUUGAGAUUAGCAAAGGAUUCUUAUACGGGCAUGUUGUUUUUGUUAUAGACACCUUACACGUUUAAUGGGCUGGACUAGCUGUUUUCUGAACAAUAUUGGAUGUGGGGCAUAAUGAAGGGGCACAGAAAUUACACAUUGGACAGUUAGACUGUGAUGUAGUUUUUUUUGUUUGUUUUUUUGGUAAACAAUGGUUCAGCUGUGGAGAGUUCUGUUAAAACACUGUUUUGUUGGACAACAGAGCCAAUUAUUUAGAAAUUAUUAUGAUGACAUUUUCAGCAGCCUAAAUGCGUGAGAAUAUAGAAGGUAAAGGAAAUAUGCUAAAAAUGUAAUUAUAUUUAAACAUGUGCUUGCUCAAGUUUAGGGGUAAAAAGGCGCCAUGUUCAUUUUGAAAUCAAAAUAGCCCAUUAUUAAUUUUUAAUAAAGAAGACUGUAGAGUUUGAAAUUUCACUCAGUAUUUUAUGGCGGGCUGGGACCUCCAAGUACUCCAUUUCUAGCAGUAGCAAAGCUAUUUUAUUUGCCUUUGAACUCAUCAUUUCAUAUUCCAAAACCAUUUUGUAUUAAGUUAGUUUAAACUUUACAUAUGAAGUUGUAAGUAGUAGUCUGGACUUGUUAAAUAAACCUUGUGUAGAUUGUCUUGUUAGAUCCAAAUCCUUUCAUGUGUUCAGUGGAUUAUUUAAAAAUGUGCUUUACAAGACUGCCAUUAUUUUAUGAUGUUAAACUUUGUGGGACAUUUAGUGGCACUGGUAUUGGCCUCACCGGUUCAUUAACGUUUAAGUGAACUUACAGGCUAAAAUUGGUUUCUUAAUGUCUUUUUCUAUUCUGAACAUAUGUAAUGUAUUGUUAUGGGAGAGUACUAGUAAAUGAAUAUUAUACUUGUGUGUGAGCUGUAGUAGAAUUUAUGCUGUAGUUUGUUAAGGGGUCAAAGCGGGGCAGAUGAGAAAAACAAAUUUGACAAAUGUCAUUAAUCGAGUGGAUUUUUCUGGAAAGCAUUUCUGUUCAACUCUUGGUCGCUUGUGAAUUAAUUUAUUAAUUUAUUAUGUGUUUUGCAGGUGGAUGAAAGAUGUACAAAGAAUGAACUUGUGGCUCUACUAACAUUAAUUUAUGCUAUGUGUGCUGAUUUUGUGAAGCAAUAUGCCAAGCAAAGCCAGUAAAUUGGUCAAAU